AUGGACACACUUUUGAACUCCAUUGACCAAGAAUAUUCUCAACGACGUCUCUCGAUCUCCUCCGCAUCUUCUGAGACCAAUACUCAAGAUGAAGACCGUACUCAACCACCACGAAGCAUUUUGAUGACCAACACUCAAAUACCAUCCGCGUCCCAGCCUUUCAUGGUCAACUCUUCCACAGUCAAUCCCCUCAUGACUAAUAGUCUCGCGACGAACGCUUCUUUGAUGAAUUUUGUCGAUGCGUCCAUUUUGAGUAAGCUAGAGCUGCCCACAUUUGACGGCAAUCUUUUAGAAUAUCCAGAAUUUGCGUCAAGAUUUGCCACCCUCGUCGGAGACAAAACCCAGCUAGAUGAUACCACGAAAUUUUCACUCCUCAAGUCAUGUUUGCGCGGUCGCGCUUUACAAACCAUUCAAGGCUUAUCUAUGACUUCAGAGAACUAUAGAAUCGCAAUGGACAUUUUGAAAACACACUUUGACGACAAGGUCACAAUGAGACAUAUCCUCUACACGAAGCUUGCCCAACUCCCAAAUUGCGAUCUCGAAGGCCGAAACCUCCUAACACUCUACAAUCGUAUGUUUGCGCUGAUACGACAAUUUUCCGUCAACAAUGAUGAUUCUCAAGAAACAGCACUUGGUGCCAUACUACUGAACAAAUUACCAGCCCGCGUUCGAAGCAGAAUCUACGACAAAACAGCGAAUGAUCACAACCUUUCCCCAACCAAACUUCUCCAUCUGCUCACCGACAUCGUACGUAAGGAUACCACCCUAUACGAGAUGAACUUUCAUAGCAAAACGUCCAACACGGAACAAAGCCCCUCCACAUCGCCUCCAGAUCAACAGCCCAAACCCAGAGUGGCGCUCAUGUGUGCUACCGUCAACCUCUACAAUCCAUCAAAUGCUUCUCUUCGAGAACAAACAACAACAUUUCUCGACUCCGGCUCAAGUCAUUCCUAUAUCACCGAUGAUAUAGUGGAGAUUUUACAACUACCUACGCUUUCAACCGAGACGAUCUCCGUUUCUAAAUUCGGAAGCAAAAACCUCCUUCGACUGAGGUCAAGAAACCACAAAAUCGGCAUCAGUACCAACCAAGGAGAAAAAGUACUUGAAGUGAAGUCUCUGCCGACAAUCACAGGAAGCUUCGCACAGAUCCAGCAUGCUCAAGGUAUCCAAACCACAGAGUUUGUGAUUUCAGAUUGCAAGCCAUCACUUCUCAUCGGCAGUGAUUACUUUUGGGAAAUGAUCCUGUCAGAUGACUUCUACGUGAAAAUCCUGACCUCCGGAUGCCGCCUACUUCACACCAAUCUGGGCAACAUCCUCACAGGCAAGCUGCUGAAUUUAAAGACUCCGAUAGAUGCACAAGUCUUUGCGCUCGUAACGAUAUUUCCAAUCCUAUCCAUCACGACAGCUCACGAAACUUGUCAGCAAAUUUUGGAAUCUGGAGUCAAUAGGCAUUACAGAUGA